AAAAACCAAUCUUCCCAUGGAACCCCUUACCGACCGGAACCCACUUUCCGGCGACGGCGAGGAAGACGACGAGAGGGAGCCUGCGGAGCUUUCCGACGACCGGAGCACCCUUCUGGAUCUUCAACUCUCAUCCAACUCCUCUGACGCCACAACAAAGCCCAGAGUUUUCUCAUGCAAUUAUUGCCAAAGAAAAUUCUUCAGCUCCCAAGCUUUGGGAGGCCAUCAAAAUGCCCAUAAACGGGAGAGGACUUUGGCCAAGCGGGUUCAGAGAUUCGAUUGGGGGGCGGCGAUUCCACUUCACGGCGGCGCGUUUGAUCGACGGUCCUUGGGAAUUCACGCCCACUCUCAGCAAAUUCAGAAGCCUGUUGGGUUUUUUAGUGGACCUGGGCCUACUUCUCAGCUGUGGCCGAGGCCGUUGUUUAUGGGUCAACAGCCGGCGGUGGGGCGCCUGACGCCGGAGUUUGGCGGCCGGAAUUUUGGAAGAUUUGAUGAUGUGACUGGGUGGCCGGCGAUUGGAAGCUCAAACGCCGGUAACGAGCGUAGUAAUAAUGUUAGUAUUGUUCAUUCUCAGACCAAACCGGAUCAGGAUCAGACCAAUUUCCUUGACUUGUCUCUCAAGCUCUAACCUUAAGCAAAAUAUUGUUAUUAUUA